AUUAUUCAUAUUUAUGAUUAUGAAAGUACGCUUUGUAAAUACUAUUUUAUUCGGUAUAAUAUACAUAUAUAAGUAAGGCUGAGUAUAAAUCUGAUUAUAAACGGCGUUUUCAUUUUCAAGAAAUAUGAGUGUUCCCGCGAACACACUCCCACCUACACUCCCUCAGCCUGCCAAACCACUGACUCUCCCACCUUCGAACCCAACAAUCCGACCCACCUCCCCAAACACUCCUCGGCGCGAGAAACGCUCUGUUUCCCUGAAACAGACCCAUAAACAGAUAGACCCCACCGUUUCAUGGACUUCUUCCAUAGCCCGCCAUUGCCGAAAUGGCCGAUUAUCUGAAGCUGCAGCAGAGUUUGCCCGUAUGAGAUUGACCGGUGUUGAACCCAACCACAUUACAUUAAUUACGCUUCUCUCUGGUUGUGCUGAUUUUCCUCUGGAUAUUCUCUGUUUUGGAGCUUCGGUUCAUGGUUAUGCUCGGAAGUCGGGGUUGGAUAGAGAUAAUGUGAUGGUGGGCACCGCCAUUGUUGAUAUGUAUGCCAAGUGCGGUCGCAUGGAUUUCUCUAGGUUGGCUUUUGAUGAUCUGGGUGUGAAGAAUACGGUGACUUGGAAUACGUUGAUUGAUGGGUAUAUGAGAAAUGGGGAGGUUGAGUGCGCCGUUGAGAUGUUUGAAGAAAUGCCUGACAGAGAUGCAAUUUCUUGGACCGCUUUGAUUGGUGGGUUUAUCAAGAGAGGGAGGUUGGAGGAAAGUUUGAAGUGGUUUCGACAAAUGCAAAUCUCAGGUGUGAAACCGGAUUAUGUGACCAUGAUUGCAGUUCUUGAUGCCUGUGCUGAAUUAGGAACGCUUGGUUUAGGCUUAUGGACUAACAAGUAUAUCAUGAACAAAGAUUACAAGGACAAUAUUAGGAUGAACAACUCGUUAAUAGAUAUGUAUUCCAGAUGCGGGUGUAUCCAAUUCGCUCGACAAGUAUUUGAGAAGAUGCCUGAGCGGACUUUGGUAUCGUGGAACUCAAUCAUUGUAGGCUUUGCUAUUAAUGGACAUGCAGAGGAGGCUCUCGAAUUCUUCGAUUUGAUGCAGAAAGAAGGGUUCAAGCCUGAUGGGGUGAGCUUCACUGGAGCUCUGACUGCUUGUAGCCAUUCUGGUUUAGUCGAUGAGGGACUCUCGUUCUUCAAUAACAUGAAGAGGGUUCACAAAAUCAAGCCUAGAAUUGAGCAUUAUGGUUGUAUGGUGGAUCUCUACAGCCGAGCAGGGAGGUUGGAAGAUGCAUUACAUGUAAUAGAGAAGAUGCCAAUGAAGCCAAAUGAAGUUGUGGUCGGGUCAUUGCUGGCUGCUUGUAGGACUCAUGGUGAUGUUAGCUUAGCUGAAAGGUUAAUGAAGUAUCUUUUUGAGUUGGAUCCUGGAGGUGACUCCAAUUAUGUGCUUCUCGCAAACAUAUAUGCCGCAGUUGGAAGAUGGGACGGUGCAGGGAAGGUUAGGAAGACAAUGAAGGCCCUUGGAGUACAGAAGACACCAGGACUUAGUUCGAUAGAGAUUGACUGUAACAUUCAUGAAUUUGUGGCGGGUGAUAAGUCUCAUGUUGACACAGAGUGUAUAUAUGAAAUGCUAGAGCUUCUUUCUCUGGAGCUAAAAGCAUGUGGAUAUAUUCCUGAAAACGUUAGAAGUAACCCUUAUGAAAUUGAUUGAUACUUUUUGAUACCA